UGUCUGUCUGUCCUUUAUGCUAUUGCAAAACGCCUCCAAGAGAUUCACGAGGCUGGUAUUAUCCACGGUGAUUUCAAGCCCGAUAAUUGCCUGAUCACGUUCGACGAGGAAGGUAACCCUGACGCUCAUAUUAUAGACUUCGGUCUUUCGACGAAGAUCGGGCAGAGGUCGACCUUAAGUCGAGGUCACAGAGAGGACUGGUAUUCCAUUCUAAAAAAGAGGCCGUGGUAUGCGGUUGAGACCUUUACUGGUCUUCCUCUGCAGCCAGCGACAGACGUGGUGGCCUUCUCCUUCAUUGUGCUGUAUGUUGCCAAGAAGAUACUUUGGAAAUGCCCUCAGGUUGUCAAGCUCGCAAACAGUGGCUUGUAGUACCGCAUGUCUAGCAGGCCAGCAUUGACUGACUUCAUUCGUGCAAUAGAGGAGCAUUAAAAGGCGUGAGGAUUGAGCUAGUAAUAAUGAAGGCAUUUG